AUGUACAAUACGACGAUGCCCGCUCCUCCGACUCAAGCUCCAGCUUGUAAGAAAAAAGCAGAAACUAAUGAAUCAGAAAAUUUACCGCCUUGGGCUAAAAUUACUCUAACAUCAUCUGAGGCGGAGAUUGAAAAAUUGAUUGCAAGACACGCACUUAAGGAUGCUGAAGUCACCUAUUUUUCACAAGUCGAACCGAUUCUGCAGGAUGGACCUCAAUGUGGGUUGGUGGCUCUGUCAAUGGCAUCUCAAGAAUACACUAAGCCUGUAUCUGUAACCCAGCUACUGGCGGAAGCACGUGUGCGUGGUUUUACUCAACACGGUGAGGUUUACAGUGUUGAUUUUAUGGGAACGUUGGCUGCUGAAUAUUUACCAGAUCACCGACCAGAUGUACUUGUGGAUUUACAGACUUGCCCGGAUACGUUGACUCAUGCAUUAGCUCAUGGUGCCAUGGUGCUAAUUCCGUACGAUUCGGAUUUUAAUCAUGCGCCGUGUUUGAAGAGAGGACAUAAAGCUCACUGGGCUCUUCUCGUCGGCUUGAUAUCAUCUCGGCAAGGGUAUUAUGUUCUUGCAAGACAUGGCAAGUCACGGCAUUUAGCUUGCUGGCCGCUAAGAGAUUUAAUUGAGAGCAAUGGUAAUUUGGAGGAAGAAGGCACAGCUAGGCAUGCGGGUGGUUACGUCAUUCCGAAAGGAGGUGUAGGAGGACAAAGAGGCCUCCGUGGUCGUGCGUUAGCUCUUCAUCCGUAUGUAUGA